AUGUAUAAUUCCAAGCCAACAUGUUUAAUUUGCAAGGAGAAAGUAUCGGUGGUGAAAGAGUACAAUGUAAGAAGACAUUAUGAAACAAAGCAUUCCGAAUACGCGAAAUUUAGUAAGGAAUUGAAAACAAGGAAACUGGAUUCGCUUAAAUCUGAAUUGAGAAAUCAGCAAAGACUAUUAAAUUCAUCGAUACACUCUUCUUCUGAUACUGUUAAAGCAAGCUACUCUGUUGCAAUGAUAAUUUCAAAGAGAAUGAAAUCAUUUUCGGAUGGAGAAUUCGUAAAAGAGUGUUUGGAUGCUGUCGUGAAAGACAUUUUGCCAGAUAAAACUAAAAAGUUUUCAAACAUUAGCUUGUCACGUCAAACCAUAUGUCGCAGGGUUAAUGACAUUUCAAAUGAAAUUGUGGUGACUUUGCGUGAUCAAAUAAAAUAUUUCAAAAGUUAUUCUUUGGCCUUUGACGAAUGCACGGAUAUAUCAGACACGUCUCAACUUGUAGUAUAUAUUCGUGGAGUUACCGAAUCUUUUCAAGUGAAACAAGAAAUGCUUAACCUUGUCAGUUUGAAAGAUACUACAAAGGGCGAAGAUAUUUUCCAAGCUGUUAUGAAAUGUUUAUCCGACAAUGGAGCGAAUUUAGAGACCCUUGCUGGAUUGACAACAGAUGGGGCGCCGGCUAUGAUUGGAAGAAAUAAAGGAGUUGUAAAGCUAAUAAUGGAUGAGAUGGAGUCAAGAAGCAUAAAAAAUGAUUUAUUUGUAAUACACUGCUUGAUACAUCAACACAAUUUGUGCGCGCAAGUGUUGUCUAUGAACCAUGUUAUGAGUGUGGUUGUAAGAACUAUAAACUUCAUUCGUUCUCAUGCACUUCAACAUCGCCAGUUUAAAGAAUUAUUGAACGAGUUAUAUUCUCACUAUGGUGAUCUUGUGUAUUUUUCCAAUGUCAGAUGGCUGAGUCGCGGAAAAUGUUUAAAACGUUUUUUCGACUUGAGAGAAGAAAUCAAAAGUUUUAUGAUGCAUAAGAAAAUGACAUUAACUGAAUUAAAUGAUGAAGAAUGGAUGCUAGAUCUGUGCUUUUUGACGGAAAUAAUUGACCUACAGUGCAACAGUGAACUAAGACUUGUUUAUCCUACUAUAUCCAAAAUUGACUUUUAUAACAAAUAUGUGACUGCAGAAAAAUAUCCCAACUUAAGAAUUUUUGCACAAAGAGUUGCUUUGCACGAAGCAUCAUAUUCAAUGCCAAUUUCUCUCAGAUUCACACCUUUUAAUACUCUUGGUGACUUCGUACGCCCAAUUAUAAGCGGUUUAUAUUUUUCUCCUGUGUAA